ACCAAGCAACCGUCCUCCGCCGCCGACGCUGGCCAUGGGCCACGGCGGAGCAAUGGCACGCCCGAGCGGCGAGCGGGAGACGAAAUCUGCAAGCAGGAGCAGGAGAGGGCCGCACUAGCUGUACGGGGAAAAGCUAAGGUCAGUGAAGUUUGGUACAUUACUACAGUGAUUAGGGUUAAUCUGCGCUUCACCACGCGGGAAUGUCGCCCACUGGUCAGCGUAUCUUCUUGCAGUGUCCGACCCCGCUGAACUCCACUCGUCUCCCCUCACAACAACCGCGUGUCCGAUCCGAUCCCACCUCAUGGAGAAAGCCGCACUUGCUGCCACCGGCGAGACGCAGGACUCACCUCAGCACAGGCUUGAUGCAGCAAGACAUGGCCGUGCUGAAGUGAUUCCUGAAAGACUUGCGGUGAUCACAGGCGGAAACAAAGGAGUUGGCCUGGAAGUAUGCCGCCAGCUUGCUUGUCAGGGUGUCACGGUUAUCCUUACAGCGAGGGAUGAGAAACGAGAAAAAGAUGCUGCUGAGUUCCUUCGCUCUGAAUCCAAACUCCCCAACAUAAUCUUCCAUCAGCUUGAUGUCAGAGAUGAUAAUAGUGUUACCUCAUUGGCCCAGUAUAUCGAAAGCACAUACGGGAAGCUUGAUAUCUUGGUGAACAAUGCAGCCGUUUCAGGAAUUGUAGCAUAUGAGGAAGGCCUGAAAGCUCUCAACAUGGAUGCAGAGACAUGGACAUCUGGCAGGGCCGCUAAACUUCUCAAAGAGGUAUUCCAGAAUACCUAUGAUGAGUCAUUCAACUGUCUCAAUACCAAUUACUAUGGAUGCAAACGGGUAACAGAGGCUCUUCUCCCACUUUUGAAGCUAUCUACAUCAGGUGCAAGGAUUGUUAAUGCCUCCUCCCUUGUGUCAGAGCUGAAGAGAAUGCCAAAUGAGAAGCUUCGAAAUGAUUUGAGCAACAUCAGCAUCUGGGACGAGGACCGAAUAGAAGCAGUGCUGAACACAUUCUUGGAGGACCUGAAGAAUGGGCGGCUUGAAGAGGCCGGAUGGCUCAUGAUGCUACCAACCUACACUGUAUUGAAAAUGUUCAUCAAUCUGUACACUAGGAUCAUGGCAAGAAGGUAUCCGAAGAUGCGCAUCAAUUGUGUGCGACCUGGCUUCGUCAAGACUGACAUCAGCUGGGGUUUUCACACCUGAACAAGGUGCAAGAGCGCCAGUCAUGCUAGCUCUGCUCCCUGACGAUGGACCAACUGGGUGCUAUUUUGAUCAGACAGAAAUGGUGAACGUUGGUGAUCAACGGAUGGAUGGCCCAUUGUUUCCCAGUUUGUGUGAUGUUCUUUUUUGAAAAUAAAUAAAAGCAGGAGCAUUGCUAUAUUAUUUAAGAAAGGGCGAGUCAAGUCUUACAAUAGUUUGAUCAGUUGAUUGCAUAGGAAACUGAUAACAACAUCUUCAGAUCCGAUUGUGGCAUCAUGAUCAAAUAAACACAAAAUUGCGGGUAUGUUAUGAUUCGUUGGAGCAGUCUAUGUUGUUUGCUCUUGGUCUU